GUGGUUUUGACGCUUGCGGAUGUAGAGUGGAUGGCGCUUCAAGAGGGAGGGCGGUUGGUAGAGAUGUUGACCAAGGGCUGGGAUAAGCUUUUUCUGACGAAUCGUGUAGGAGAUAUGAUUUGCGGUGUAUCGAAGAUCGCAGUGGACAAGAAAGCUUGACUUGGAGAUGAUGUGGAUGCAGGCCUGUGUUCUGGUCAUUUCCAUCACGGUCCUCAAACUCAAUUUAUACUUCCUCACACCUCAGACACUUCGACUCACACACCCUCCCACCAACACGCUCUACGCGCCAUCAUCAAAGCCUGCAGCACCGCCCGCAGCCCCACCAGCAUCGCAGCGUCACACUCCGCGCCUUACGCAUGCCACUCGUCCUAUCCAGGUCCAGAACAACACCACGAACGUCAGGCAUCACACCGCCAAAUCAAUAGGUAUCGUCGACGCGUACACCCAGGUGCCCAAUCCAGACACCGCACGCAGCGUGACGUUGGAUUUGGGUUGCGGCGGCGCGGUGCCCGGAAGCGGAUUGGCGGCCGCAAGCUGUGCGUUUGGUAACCCCCGCAUUCUUGCUGACCAAUUUUCAAUAUGACUCUUGCCAUCGUACGACC